ACGUCUAUAUCCAGCGACGCUUUCAAGUCUGUGUACAUUAUCUGAGAGGAGUCGGACAUACGUAGAAAAGGGCCAGGGGGAUUUUAUUUUUCAUUUAUUUUAAUCAUUAUUUCUUCGAUUAUUUGUUACCACCACUUUAAGGAGUGAGCAACCCCCCUUAGUUAUUUUACUGGUAUGAAAGUGGCGUGAAUGAACAUGUCUGUACUGUUGCGGUGAUCUCAAUAUUUAUGUGCCUUAAUGGUUUUAGUACUGCAUUUGUGUUUGCACAUGUAUGUCUUGUGUUUGCAUAUCUGUGUAUUGUCAGUGCAUUUGUGUGACUUAUUUGAAAUGCCUUAGCACUUUAUCACUCAGUACAGGUGUAUAUAUAUGAUGAAUAAAUGUUUUAAAAGUAUUUAAAGCUAUUUUGUCAAGAGACAUGAAUGGUAGUAUAUGCAAGUGAGCUGGUACAGUGUGAGCAGUGAUACUGGUGCCUUUUUGUGUGUCUGGCCACCUAGCUCAUUGAUAAGUGAAAUCACUGCAUUUGAGCAGGUGUAUGAAUGCCUUUUGAUUUUCAGGCCAAUCAGUUAGUUAACCAGUCAAGCGUAUGUUCAGAAAAGGCACUGUGCAGUGUACAGCCCACUGUUGUGUAAAUGUGAUUGUGUAUCUGGUUGCCUGGUCUGGUCAAGCACGUCUGCAAACCAGGCUUGAUCCAUGACUGAGUAUUACGAGGAGGGGGGGUUGCUGUAUGAGCACUCACCCCCCAUGCACAUUAAAGUGGAGUCUCCAGAAGGACCUUUUGGAGGGGGCGUGUCUGAGGAUGGCUUCACUAGGGAGGACGACGACUCGGAGGGGAGCUGUGACAACGGGGAGUUGCCGGGGGCCCUACCUUUCAAUGUGGUGGUUGUGCACCCCAGUAUCAUGACCCCGGGCAUGUCCGCAGAUGAUCUUAUCCCCCAUGAACAAAAUAGCAGUGUCUCUGCCGCCAUGGUGGCUGGGGGCGGGGGCAAGCGGAAGAGCCGGUUCAGUGGGGCGGAGCUGGAGGUGCUGGUGUCGGAGGUGACGCGCUGUGAGGGGGAGCUCUUUGGGCCAGCAGGCAGGCUACGGCGCCGGGAGAGGGAGCGGAUUUGGGGCGGGAUCCUGGAGCGGGUCAACGCCGUGUCCCGCGUCCCCCGCACCCUUCGUGAAGUCAAGAAGCGCUGGGACGACCUGAAGAGACGCAACGGGGGCAGGCUGGCCGAUGCCCGUCACCGCAGCUGCUGCCUGCCGUCUGGGCGAGGUGCCUCCACGCUGGGCCGGUCUGCUCAGGGGAGUCCCAGGCUCCAUCAGGCCCGACAGAGGCAAGGGAGCAGGGGGAAGGCUGGUUACCUGUGCUUCUCUGAUAAUGAUGUAGUGGCUGCUGGAGCUGUGGACGGGAUGGAGAGAGAUGGCUUUGAGAAAGAGGAGGAACAGUCCGGAGGAGGUGGGGACGAAGGCGACGGGGACGGUGAGGGAGGAGACAGCAACAUGGAGGACAAGCUGGGACUGGGGCUAGGCCUGGGACUGGGGCCGCCCCCUGCGUCGGAGCGUUGGCUGCCUCCGUCCCCCCUCUACAGUGCCCCGUUUCUUAACGGAACGCCCCAGCCCAGUCCCCAGCCUUCUCUCGGGGCCCCACACGGCCCCGUGGAGGUGCCCCUUCGCGGCUCAUGGCUGGAAGACGAGCUCAGGGGCCUGGGAGAAGCUGCGGCCCAUCUCGGGGACCGGGUGGAGCAGCACCUAAGAGAGUUCGGUGAAAGUUUUAGACGUGACGUACGGACGCUAGUGGCCUCACAGGAAGCCCUGUCCACCAGCCUACAGCAGAACAAUGUACUUUUGCAAAGGCUACUGGGAAUCCUUGAAACGCAGCAACAGCAACAGCAGCAACAACAGCAACAGCAACCGCAACAACAGCCCCAACACCCAGGCAUUCCUCCACCCCCAGCUGCACCACCAAUCCCGGCGCCACCUGAUAUUCUAGAUGGUACCGUCCAGGCUGAUCCGUCAAUAGAAAUGGCUGGGAGAGCCCAACGCCCACGGCGGGGGAGGACUGGUGACCAGAGACGCAGACGAAGGCGCUAGCCAGAGAAAAUACAAAUUGGCUAAAACAAUGGCUUUAAAUAUUAUGAGCAGCCCUUCUUUGCUUGGUCUUUAAGUUGAGCUUAUUGUUAGGUUACCCCAGAAUUACCAAAGUUUUCUUCAGCUUCUCAGCCCAAUAAUGCCUUUAAGCAUCACAGACAACUUCAUUUGCAAAAUCAGUCCUAAUAAGUAACAGCACUGACAAACUAGAUCCAUUCCGAUUCAUUAUAUCCACAAGCUCACAGUAAAUAUUCUUGUUGAUAGACAAUCAAAAUUCUAUUGGCUCAAGUCAUGAUAUGGAGACAUUAAAAAUUGGAAAUAUGUUUUUCCAUUUUAUAUGCACCUGUGUAAAGACCUAAUUUAGAAUAAGCACUUUAGCCGCUGGUUUAAUAGUAUUAUUUUCUUAUCCCUAUUUUCUGAAACUGAAAUAUGCUGGUUUUAUUGUAUGCGCUGUUAUCUUGCAUGCAGUUCAGACUGGAGAAAAUAAAAUGCAAGGGAUCUGCGAAUUGAGCUCAGCAUUCAUGUACAAUUUUGCACAAUUUAUAUCUUGUAAAUAUUUAAAGGAUGUGUUCUGUCAAGUUGUAUAAAAUAAUUAUCUAAAUGUAAAUAAAGACAACCUGACACGG